AUGGAGGUAUCCUACUUUUCUCCUCUCCCACUCCAGGAGAACUCUUUCCUCUUUGACUGCGAAUCUCUGUUAGAAAAAUCUCUGGCUUCUGAUCCUGCCUCAGACGCUGGUUACAGCAGCACUGGCAACAGCCUGUCUCCUACUUCCUCUGUGGACUCCUGCUUCUCCCCUACUUCCCUCCUAACAUUUGGAAGUGAACAAGAUCCCUUGGACUGCUUAAUCUUUAAUACCCCUGCAGCACCUCAUCUCACUCACCAGACUCCACUCUGCUCCAAAUCCUCUUCCGCAACAAAGAAGUCCAGAUCCAGGUAUCCGGGUAAAAAGCGCCAGACUGCCAGCGAGAGGGAGAAGCUGAGGAUGAGGGAUUUGACCAAGGCUCUGCAUCACCUCAGAUCAUACCUCCCACAUUCAGUGGCACCAGCCGGCCAGACUCUGACCAAGAUUGAAACUCUGCGCCUCACCAUUCGCUACAUCUCUUUCCUGUCAGCCCAACUGGGCCUCAGCGAGGAAGUGCUGGAGCAGAAGAAAUCCACAAACUCAAUGGAGCAUAUCCAAACCUUCAACAAUUUCCUGGGUCAGCCAGCAGCCAGCUACAGUCCCGAAGAGCCAAGCUGUAACACCAUGAGCAAAGCCCAGCAGCCCUUUCUGCAGAAUUCAUAUCAGGUUCCAGGUGGAAUUUGCUUGAAUAGCGAGCAGUACUGGAUGCUACAACAACAAAACCAAAAUGUCACCUUCUCUGGAUUGUGUUGAGAGAUGUGGUGCUCAAUCC